AUCAAAAACUGACAAAACUGUCAAUAUGACCAAAAUGCCUAAAAUAAACCUUCUCCUUAUCUUAGCUCUUUGCGAAUCAUGUAACGCUUUCCUCAAUAGGACAGUUGGUUCGGACAAUCCCCGUGCGAUAUACCCUUCAAUUCCAGCCGAACAUAAUGUAUUUUACUUCUUCGUGAUCGUCAUGUUGGCAACCAUAAUCCGAAUCGUCCUGAUACGCUACGACAUCCCUACCCCUUACGGCGCUUUCAUGAUUAUGGUCGGGGUUAUCUGGGGAAUCAUCUGCAACCACAAUCUCUUCGUCCUUCUUGCUUCCGACGCCAUGAAUACCAAUCCUGUCGAUCUUGUCUGCGUUUACUUACCCGCUUUGGUGUUCUCCACCAGUUUCAGCCUCGACGUCCCUAUUUUCCUCAAGACUAUUCCGCAACUCCUAGUGAUUGGAAUUUUCGUAACUUUUCUAACCGGAACCCUUUUUGGAGUCCUAAUGAGGUUGGUGAUUGAGCCGAGUUGGUCCAUUAAAGUUGGUCUAACUUUCGGUAUUUUUAUCGUUCCGAUCAAUCCCGCAAGCAUUGUGUAUCUUUUGAAGCAGCAAACAACAGCGACCAGACACAUCAGCGCUCUCUUGGAAGGCGAGGCCAUCUUCAAUAUGCUUCUUGCGGAAAUGACCCACGAUCUUAUUAUUAACUUUGCAAAAGGGUUUGUCGUUCAUUGGUAUCAGUUUGUAAUGGUGUUAAUACGCUUUAUUUUGUUUGGUAUCGCAUUUGGGUAUUUCGUGGGCCUUCUUGGUCGCUACAUGAUGCGCACUUUGUACCGCUACCCUCUUACUAUCUUCAUGAUUUCUUUCGGUUUUCCCUUCUUCACGUUCUUUUUAUCAGAUAUUUACAUAUCUGGUUGUGGGUCUAUUUCCGUUAUGAUUCUGGGUACCAUGAUGGCGAUGGAACGCUCAGUUCUUGCGAAAGAGACAAAUCAGUUUUUGACUGACAUGUGGGAAACCAUUGGAUAUUCUCUUGAUGCAGUCAUGUGCGUGACUAUUACACUGCUGGCCACUGUCGAAGUGGCCACAAUUGUGACUACAUCGGCUUAUAUUCGUAUAAUUGUGACUUAUCUGACCUAUUACUCGAUCAGAUUCAUCUGUUUCCUCUUGUUUGCGCCCAUCAUCAGCCGAUUGGGCUAUGGCAUGGACUUGAAAUGCAUGAUAGUGUGUGUGUGGAGCGGCCUCAAGAGUCCCUUUAGUCUAGCUCUUUCCUUAAUCUUCGUAGAGGAUGCAAUAUCCGCCGAAAAAAUGAAACGAAUCUUUUUCCAAUGUGUUGGCAUUUAUUUUCUGUCAGUUUUAAUCAAUGGGACUUUUACGCGAAAAAUCUUGGAGUUCUUAGGCCUGCGAGAAAUAUCCAUGGCGCGAAAAAUCAACAUGACAAACUGCAUGAAACACAUUUUCACCAAAAGGAACAAAACGGUGGCCAUCCUCAAGAUGGACAGGUUUUUAGCCGACGUCAACUGGCCGGUCGUCCUUGAAGCCACUGACAUGAAACAUCCAUACCGUAUGGGAAUGGAAGACACCGAAGAAGACAAUUUUUUUUUGUUAGGGUACCGGUUCACCGUUUGCCCCGACUGUAAAAGCGAAAUUCCCAAAGAACCGACCACUAGAGAACUAAAAGACAUGGCUAAGGAGGCCAAAAUGCGAGUGCUGAAAAGCAAAAAAAUGUGCUAUGCGCGUCAGUACGAGAACGGCAUGAUGACCAAAGAAGGGAUCAAGAUUCUUAGUCAAGCCGUCGAGCUUGCGAUGGACACUGAGGCUGCAGUGAUCCAACUCGAGGGCCUCGAGAAACGAUUCAAGGAAGAGAAUUGUAUCUACCGAUGCAUUCGAAAGAAGGUCAAACAUUUGAACCGAUCUCAAGCCGACUCAAUCAGACCUCCUCGUAAAUAUUUCAGACGGCUUUGCUACCGGAUUUGCAUCAAUAAUACGUUCGAACAUUUUAUGUUGGUCAUCAUAACUAUACAUUGCGUUUUCAUAACCGUGAGCACGAUAUAUCACCCCCCGAUAGACCACUUAGACACCAUAGAUAAAAAACUUGACGUUGCGAUCUCAGUCCUUGAUCUCAUCUUUAGUAUCAUUUACAUCGUGGAGGUGAUUUUGAAAAUAAUGGCAUUUUCUUGGAUCCACUUUUGGGAACACGGAGUUAAGACCUAUUUUAAGUCUGUUUGGCGUAAUAUCGAUUUCUUGGUAGUGGUGACAUGUAUAUUGCAAGGUUACUACGACUUGAAGUGUUUUUAUGCACAAAUCCCUGAGAGCAAGUAUGGUGUCUUUUAUCGCGUUUUAACAUGUUUGAGGUUACUGCGAGUAGUGCGACUCUUCACAGUUUUGAAAAUCUUCUACCCAAAAUUUGUAACAUAUCUAGACCGCUCUGUGGAUAGCCAAUUAGCGUUUACGUACGAGUUGGGAAAGAGUUAUGCAAUUGGGGAAACAGAAAUUUUGGAUAUGUUGCCCUACAUGAUUGACAAUACCGCAAUCCGAGAAGAAAUCAAGCAGAAAAUUGAAAGAGACAAGGUUAUCAUAACAAAGUUGCUGGGAAUGGUUCAGAAGGAGAAACCUUGGAUUGCAAUAACUGUGAAGACGAAACAAGCAAUUCGGACGAUUUUGAACUCAAUGAAAGAAGCAGCAAAUCAGUUGAGGACUGCUGGUUGGGUCGACGACUAUGAGCAAGAAAAACUGUUCCAAGUCAUGGGCGAAUUGUGGUCCAAAGUGAAUUCAAUCAAGUCGGUGCAACCAAGCGCCCCCAAAGUCAUUUUCAAGGAAGUUGCGUGGAUGGCAGGAGAUCAGGCGGUUAUUGAUUUUCUGUUCGAAAAUGUCACUGUAAAAAAGUUCGAACCUGGAGAUGUGGUUUUUGAGGAAGGGACUGUUGCUGAUGGAAUUUACAUCGUCGUGACUGGGCUCUUUAUGAUCAUUUAUAAACCGGAGUCAAACGUAUUGACUAGUUUGCACGAAUACGGCCAAUUGCCGAUUGCUGAUUAUUUAUCGGCGACACAAUACGAAGAACGUGUUGUAGACUAUAUCGUGUCGGGUAAUUGUAUAGGCGAGCUUAGUACUUUAACUGGAAGAGCUUAUAACUGUACUGUGUCGGCAGACGCACAUUGCCAAGUCUAUGUUUUGAGUAAAGGUGUCAUAAAACGCGCAAUGGAACUAAAUCCAGACCCUGUCAUUGGACUGGAAUGUCGGCUUUGGAAAGAAGUCAGUAUAAGGAUGGCGGUCCCUCUCCUCAUGUCAGUUCCAGCUUACCAAGGCUUCUCUCAAGACCAAAUUAAAUACGCCCUUGAACGUGCCUUCGUCCCAAAUUUGUCCAAUUACAAGAUUUUCGCCGUCACCGACAUGAUUGAAGACAUUAUUUUAAUCGAAGGCUGUGCUGCUGAUUUCAAUACUCGAGAAAGUUUUGUUGCCCCUUGUUGUAUUCCCAGAACAGUCCAGAAACUCAUACUUCCAAAGAGUAGUUUAAUUAACAUUCCAGUUCUCUUAGAAACGAAACUACUUAUAAUUCCCGAGAAAGAUGUAGAUGAAUAUGAUGUCAUGAUUUUGGCUGAAGAUAUGUGCGAAUUGGUGGAUACUGGAGCUAGUAUGAAGUGCCUCCAACAUGCGACACAAGAGAAGACGCGGAAGAAAAAGGUUAAAAUGAUGGCUGCGAGGAAAAAAGGGACUGCCGUUAGUAAAACUUUGAGCAAGUUGCAGCCUGAUUCGAAUGAUUCUGUUGGUAUGUUGUUCUUCAAGAGAACCGACUCAGAAACAAACAGUAUUAACAUGGAAGAGGAGGAAGAGAAUAAACGAAAUGCUGAGCAGACGAAGCAGUCAAAGACUAAUCCUUAAUGUUAUUUAUCUUGUAAUUUUGUGUGAAAUAAAGUUCUUGGUUUGAUUUA